AUGGUUACUGCAGUUACUUCAAAAGCUGAGUUCGAUGAAGCUAUCAAGUAUCAAGGGUUAGUUGUUGUUGAUUUUUUCGCUACUUGGUGUGGUCCAUGUAAAAUGAUUGCUCCAUUAUUGGACAAGUUUAGUAAUGAAUAUUCAAAUGUCAAAUUCUUAAAAGUGGAUGUUGACGAAUUGAACGAAAUUGCUGAACAAUAUGAAGUGAGCAGUAUGCCAACUUUGAUUUUUUUCAAAAAUGGACAACAAAUUCAUAAAGUGAUUGGUGCUAAUCCUUCUGCUAUCAAACAAGCAAUUUCAUCAAAUGCUUGA